UCACGCGCUCUGAGCUCCUUGCAGGGGGAGGCUGGGCCGGCAGCUCCACUGUGGCUCAACCAGUCCCGGUUGCCCCAAAAUCCAGCCGGACUUGGGUCCGCCAACCCCUGGGGCUGCGGUGCCGCCAGAGCACGGGUGCCGUCGGGGCACCGGGGUGUGCCGGCUGGGGGAGAGCUGCCUGCACGGGCCGGCCCAGCCGGGGAGGAGCGUGCUGGGGAUAGCGGCGCCUGGCCCCGGCAGCUCCCUGGGGAAGGCGUCUGGGGCAGGGGAUGGCAGCCUGCGGGGUGGCACCGGGGACGGGGACCUGGCAGAGCAGGAUGGAAGAGAGGCAGGUCGGAGGCACGGAGAGGCCACGGGGCUCCCUGACCACCCACGUGCUGAACACGGCCACGGGGCUGCCCGCCGCCCGCCUCGCCCUCCGCCUGGCCCAGCUGCAGGAGCCGGGGGCGCAGUGGAGGGAGCUGGUGCAGAGGUGGACAGAUGAGGACGGGCGCUGCCUGCCCCUCCUGCCCCCGGGGCAGGCUGAGGCCGGCACCUACAAGCUGCGCUUUGAGACGGCGGAGUACUGGCAGAGCCUGGGGCACACCAGCUUCUACCCCUUCGUGGAGGUCGUCUUCACCAUCACCGACCCAGCCCAGAAGCUGCACAUCCCACUGCUGAUCAGCCCCUACUCCUACACAACAUACCGGGGCAGCUAGGGCAAGGCACAUCCUCCCUGCAGGGCCGCCGGUCGCUGGGGCGAACUACACGACUGACACCAUUAAAGGAUUCAAACAGCACC